AUGACGGCGGAGAAGGCGCUGCCUCUGGGCAAUGGGAAGGCUGCCGAGGAGGCGCGGGAGUCUGAGGCGCUGGGAAGCGGCGGCGGCGGCAGCGGGGGCGCGGCGUCCGCGCGGGAUCCGCGCGACAAGCGCGACAAGGCGGUCCACGAGCGUGGCCACUGGAACAACAAGGUGGAGUUCGUGCUGAGCGUGGCUGGGGAGAUCAUAGGGCUGGGCAACGUGUGGCGCUUCCCUUACCUGUGCUACAAGAACGGAGGAGGGGCGUUCCUGAUUCCCUACGUGGUGUUUUUUAUUUGCUGUGGAAUUCCUGUUUUUUUCUUGGAAACAGCUCUGGGACAGUUCACUAGUGAAGGUGGCAUUACAUGUUGGAGGAAAAUUUGCCCUUUAUUUGAAGGCAUUGGCUACGCAACACAGGUGAUUGAGGCCCAUCUAAACGUGUACUACAUUAUCAUCCUGGCAUGGGCCAUUUUCUACCUGAGCAACUGCUUCACUACAGAGCUUCCCUGGGCCACCUGUGGGCACGAAUGGAACACAGAGAAUUGUGUGGAGUUCCAGAAACUGAACAUGAGCAACCACAGUCAUGUGUCCCUGCAGAAUGCCACAUCUCCCGUCAUGGAGUUUUGGGAGCGCCGGGUCUUGGCCAUCUCAGAUGGGAUUGAGCACAUUGGGAACCUCCGCUGGGAGCUGGCCUUGUGUCUCCUGGCAGCCUGGACCAUCUGUUACUUCUGCAUCUGGAAGGGGACCAAGUCCACAGGGAAGGUUGUGUAUGUCACUGCAACAUUUCCAUAUGUCAUGCUUCUGAUCCUCCUGAUCCGAGGGGUCACGUUGCCCGGGGCCUCCGAAGGCAUCAAGUUCUACCUGUACCCCGACCUCUCCCGGCUCUCCGACCCACAGGUCUGGGUAGAUGCUGGGACGCAAAUCUUUUUCUCCUAUGCCAUCUGCCUGGGUUGUCUGACUGCUCUGGGAAGUUACAACAAUUAUAACAACAACUGCUACAGGGACUGCAUCAUGCUUUGUUGCCUCAACAGUGGCACCAGCUUCGUGGCUGGCUUUGCCAUCUUCUCAGUCCUGGGCUUCAUGGCAUACGAGCAGGGGGUGCCCAUUGCCGAGGUGGCAGAGUCAGGCCCUGGCCUGGCCUUUAUCGCUUACCCCAAGGCUGUCACCAUGAUGCCUCUCUCCCCACUGUGGGCCACUUUGUUCUUCAUGAUGCUCAUCUUCCUGGGCCUGGACAGCCAGUUUGUGUGCGUGGAAAGCCUCGUGACCGCUGUGGUAGACAUGUACCCCAAGGUCUUCCGGAGGGGUUACCGGCGGGAGCUGCUCAUCCUGGCCCUGUCCAUCGUCUCCUAUUUUCUGGGCCUUGUGAUGCUCACAGAGGGUGGCAUGUACAUCUUCCAGCUCUUCGACUCCUACGCCGCCAGCGGGAUGUGCCUUCUCUUUGUGGCCAUCUUCGAGUGUGUCUGCAUCGGCUGGGUGUAUGGAAGCAAUCGCUUCUACGAUAACAUCGAAGACAUGAUUGGCUACCGGCCAUUGUCGCUCAUUAAAUGGUGCUGGAAGGUUGUGACCCCCGGGAUCUGCGCGGGCAUCUUUAUCUUCUUCCUGGUCAAGUACAAGCCUCUUAAGUACAACAACAUCUAUACCUACCCCACCUGGGGCUACAGCAUCGGCUGGCUCAUGGCCCUGUCUUCCAUGCUCUGCAUCCCACUCUGGAUCUUCAUCAAGCUAUGGAAGACAGAGGGGACGCUGCCUGAGAAAUUCCGGAAGUUGACCAUCCCCAGCGCUGAUCUGAAAAUGCGGGGCAAGCUUGGGGCAGGCCCACGGACGGUGAUGGUUAAUGACUGUGACGCCAAACUCAAGGGCGAUGGGACCAUUGCAGCCAUCACAGAGAAGGAGACACACUUCUGAGCCACACCUGCCACCUCGGAUGCCUCUCCUUUCUUCCCUCCCCCGACCCCAUGUGUAUAAAUGAAUACCUGAGACACGUACUUCACCUAAUGAUAGAGGCUUGCUUGUUUUGCACAGGAUUUAUUAACAAGUUAAUUUUAAGGUGGCCAUGUACACUCUGGUUUAAAGUCCCAUUCCCCUCCUUGCCCCCAGUUAUCAUGUAAGUAACAUUAUGAAGAGAUAAUACUGUACAGGGACUAGCAGAGUCUUCCGUGGUAGGAUGGUUUUAACCAAUGUUUUCUAGGGGUUAGGGAGAAGUUGUAUCAUAUGGUCAAACUUUUAUACUUGGACUGUGGGGCAGGUGGGGUGGGAGUGAUGCCUGAUCUCUGUCAGCCUUUUAGCUGACCUGUCCAUGUCCCAUGUUCCUCCCUGACCAUUACAGCUGCCCCUCUUCAUGCCCCCAGGGACAGCUUUGCCUUCAAACCCUGCCGUUGCCAUCCCCAACCUCUUAGCAGUGGGUUUGCAGACAGCAAGGCUGUGUCAGAGAAGAGAAAGUGAUCUUUCUGCCCUGAUCCCACUAAGUGACCUUGGGUGCUCCCAUCCCUUCCCUGGGCCUCAGUUUUCCCAUUUCCUAAGUGGGGAGGACCAAAUCAAGUGAUCUCUGAGGUCCUUCCUGACCUGGCCAGGUCUCUUGGGGAUUCGCUUGUUAUGUCUUGCUGGCUGUCAGGCCUGACCUUGACCUUGACCUUUAAGUGUUCUGAAGGCUCCCCCCUGCUUAUUUAAAAUCAAGUUUUUCAUGGAAAUGAUGUGGCAUUUUCCCCUUACACUCUAGGUUGAUGCAUCUGUGAGUGGUUCCAUUCUCUGGAGUCUGGCCAGGUCCUCAGCCCCCGUGACAAGGCUCCUCCUGUCCUGUCCAUCUGCUCUCCCUGUCAUGUCUGCCUCUCCAUCUUCAUGGGGCUGACUGGAGUCACCUGCAUGCUGGUUUUCGGGGUCAGGAAGCAGCUGCUAUUCCCUUGCAGCUGUCUGUCCUGCCGUUGCUGCUGCCUCAAUCAGGAUCUGUGUCUAGUACCUUCUACCAGCUUUCCAAGGGAGAGAACCCCAUUAAGGCCUAGAGCCUGGUUUUGUCCUCUGGCCCCUUCAUCUGCCUGCCACUUCCUCUCUCUCUUAUAUCCUCUGCCCUCUUCUCUCUCCUGCUUUCCUGCUACCUCUUAGUCUUCCCCAUCCUCCUCCUUAUCACCAGCGGAACCUUCUCUCCCUACCCAUUUUUGGGGAGCUAUCCUACAUGCAUCUCUCACCCGGAGGGGCUGAGAAGCCUCAGCCCUUAUCCUGGAGGAGAGAACUGGGCUUCCACCUCUCCCUCUGUGCAGGCCUGGGGUUGGUGGGGGUGAGGCCAGUGCUGCCUCAGACCUCUCUGCCUGACUUCUCUAACUGGAUUUCCUUGGCCUUUUGUCUUGGAUUCUGAGUUAUUUGGGAACUAGGACGGUACAAUCUUCAUCCUUUUCCUUUAUGUCUCCAGUUUUAUUUGGUGGAAACCAGAGCUUACUCUAAACCAAGGCCUUAGUUUCCUAUAGGGAACCCACAUGUUUGAUUCAUCUGAAGCUUUCCAAACAGCUUCUCUGGUCUGGCCAGCCCCCAUCUGAAGCCUGAGUUUGUUAGAAGGGAUGCCCAGUGCCCUCUCUGAGGUAGGCUGGGAUACCUGCUUCUGGGCCCCCUUUUGCACACACUGUCCAGGACUACCUGGCUCUCCCUGAGCUAUCGAAUCUGGUGGACCCAGGAAGUGGACCCAGGAGGAUCGGGCCUCAUGCUGAGCCUUCUGCUGUGUCUGUCCUCGUCUACUCUCUCCCACCAGGUGCCGGGGAGAGAGAGUCCCCACUGCUGCUGCUACUGGUUCUCCACCUACAGCUCUGAAGCCUCACUAGGGAUGGGAUGCACUGCACUGUACCUGUGGCACUUAACAUUUCACUCACUUAACACUACUCAUGGGGCAGGGUGGAGGGAGGGCUUUUACUCUUUGUUUUUUGUAAUUUCCUACUAGUAUUUGGGCAACUUGGGGCAGGGCGGGGAGGGAAACAUGGGGGCAGGGGAAAUGUCAUUGUGGUGACUUUUUUGAUAUUCAUUAGAAACAAUACAUCCUUUCUGAGAUAUUUACAGAAUUAUUAAAAAAUGAAAAAGGUUGUACUGUUUUACAUAAUGAACGUUUUUAUUGGGUAUUCAAAGGGCACACGAUUGUCUGCUUACUCAUUUUUAAAAAUUAAAGGAAUGAACAAACUGUG